AUGCGGCAGCAACUCACAAAUCACAUUCGUGAAACUUUACCAACAUUGAAGAAUAAGUUACAAGAUCAAGUUUUAUCGAUGGAAAAAGAAGUUGCAGAGUACAAAAAUUUUAGACCAGAUGAUCCAACUGCAAAAACAAAAGCACUCAUGUUGAUGCUGCAGAAUUACAGUGCCGACAUUGAGAGAAUCAUUGAAGGAGGUGGUGGGGAUGAAAUCGACACAGCUCAGCUGUCAGGUGGAGCUAAAAUUAACCGAAUCUUCAACGAGCGUUUCCCGUUUGAAUUAGUAAAGGUCGAGUAUGACGAAAAGCAGCUUAGAAGGGAAAUAAGUUUUGCAAUUAAGAAUAUUCACGGUAUCAGGUCCGGGCUGUUCACUCCAGACAUGGCAUUUGAAGCAAUCGUUAAAAAGCAGAUCGAUCGCCUGAGAUCACCAGCUAUAAGAUGUGUUGAUAUGGUCAUGGCUGAGCUCGUUACCAUCGUCAAAAUAUGUACGAACAAGAUGGAAAAAUACCCAGGAUUAAAAGACGAAGUUGAAAUGAUUUGUCUAACAGAAAUAAGAGAAUCUGAAAUCAAAGCGAAAGAACAAGUUAAGUUGCUGGUUGAGAUUGAACUUGCUUAUAUCAAUACACAGCAUCCGGAUUUCAUUGGCUUUGCAGAGUAA